AUGUUGGCGAGUCAAAGAUUACGGGUUUGUAGCCCAUUAUAUAUCAAUCUAUCAAAGAGAUUGAUUUCCAAUGAAAUCAGAGAAGUGUUUAAUACACGACUUGAACCACCAGCCGGUAUCAAUGGUAAUCAAUUGCAAUUGUCGGUGAUUAGCAAAAACCUAAAUGCUCUUAACCUCGAUUUGUACGUAAACAAUUUGGGCCAACAUGAGGAUAGAAGUUCAACGAUUGUCGAUUUGCUAACACACAUACGAUCAAGUCGCCUGGCCAAUACCUGUUUGGAAUCGACAAAUUUCGGUGUCAUACGCCAGUUAUUAGAUAACGUCAGUGUACAAGAAUUGGUACCCAUACUAAUUGAUCGUCCAAAAUAUGGUAUAUUCUUGGAUAAUUUUACCGGAUUUGCUGUGACCUCGGCAUUGCACAGUGAAAAGGAAUAUCUGCUGGCAUUACCAUUGGCUUUGAAGUUGGUGUUGUUGGAUGAAUUGGACAGUGUUUUCAUUCAACAAUUUUGUGUUAAAUCUUCGCUGGCCGAAUUGAAGAAACAGCUGUUGGAGGAGACCCAGGCGGCUGAGGAACCCAAGGCACCUGUAGGCAAGGUUCAGGAGCAAAAAGUCCGUGUCCACUUCAUACGUAACCCCUUGGAAUAUGACAUCAAAAACGAUAUUGCCAAAUCUCUGUUGAAAAUUUCAUCCAAAGCCCUUAGCGGAGAGGCCCAAGAAAAUGCCAAAUUAUUGGGUUUGGUUCUGAGCAAACGUUUUGGCGAUUUGGAAAAAUCCUUGGCCACACUAACAACCAACAUUUGUCCCGAUGUUUUCGAAAUUAGCAAAGCUUUCUUAACACGCUGUGAACAAAAUGACAUUGCCGCAAAGUUGGAAAGUGCAGCCGCCCAAAAGAAAUCGAAUAAAAACUUUGAAGAAUUAAUCGAUUCCGAACUCGAAGAAUCCGUGGCGAAGGAAGCAAAAACAUUGGCCGAACGUCAAAAGGAAUUAUUCCCCAAAUGGCAACAAUUGAGGGAGGAAAAGAAAAAGGCAUUGGAGAAAGAAAUUGCCGAUAUGGAGAGGAAGGAAAAUAUUGAGAAGUUGCAAAAUGAAAUUGAAACCAAAAAGCAGCUGCUGUGGUUCUUCGAAGAGGAAGACAAAUUGGAUUUGGAAAUCUACAAGAAACGUGUAUUCUAUCCCAAGAGAUGGUUUGGCAAAAAGAAGAAGCCACGUGUAUUGGAUGAACAUUAUGUACCACCACAGAUUAGAAAAAUACAAUAAAGAG